UGAUAUAUACCUGGGGCUUCAGAGCAGUUAAAUGAUUCAUGUUUUGUGAAGUAUGUUUACCCCAGUUUGAUAGGAAGGGCCCCGUUGGCAGUCAAUACUUGAAAUUAUAUAUAGUAAUUAAGGAUGAAAAGAAUUGGACAAAUGACCAAGAUUAUAUCCAUAUGGGUUUUGGUAUGUCUGAUUGAGGUAUAUUGGCUAAGAAGGUCCACUUCUCUCUCAUUUGGCCUACGCUGAGCCAAGAUGAGCUGGAGCUUCCUGACUCGCCUCCUUGAGGAGAUCAACCAGCAUUCAACCUUUGUGGGAAAGGUGUGGCUGACGGUGUUGAUUGUCUUCCGCAUUGUCUUGACUGCUGUCGGUGGCGAGUCAAUCUACUACGAUGAACAGAGCAAGUUUGUCUGCAAUACACAGCAGCCAGGCUGUGAAAAUGUCUGCUACGAUUCCUUUGCCCCCCUUUCGCAUGUCCGUUUCUGGAUUUUCCAGAUCAUUGUGAUAGCCACACCCUCAGUAAUGUACCUGGGCUUUGCACUGCACCGGAUUUCACACCAACCUCCUCGAAAAAGCAGGGCACCUGUGGUGCGACAUGGUGCUGCCCGGGAUUAUGAGGAGGCCGAGGACAAUGGGGAGGAGGACCCCAUGAUCUUUGAGGAGAUUGAGCAUGAGAGGUCGGUAAAAGAGCCUGAAAGCCAGAAACAUGAUGGCCGCCGGCGUAUCAAAAAUGAUGGUCUGAUGACAGCAUAUGUGCUUCAGCUGCUGACCCGUUUAGUUUUUGAGGUGGGCUUUCUGCUGGGGCAAUAUAUGCUCUACCAGUUUGAGGUUAACCCCUCCUAUAUAUGCAAAAGCAGCCCCUGUCCUCACAUGGUGGAUUGCUUUGUUUCUCGCCCCACUGAGAAAACCAUUUUCCUUCUCAUCAUGUACGCAGUGAGUGGGCUCUGCCUGCUUCUCAAUAUCUGUGAGCUCUUCCACCUAGGCUUUGGGGGGAUCCGGGAUGCACUCCGUGGCCUUAAGGACGAUGCUCUGCCCCCAAAGCCCCAAUAUGCUCAGAAGGAUCCCUCUGCACCCCCAACCUACCACUCUCUGAAGAAAGAGCCCUCCAAAGGCCAACUGGCCAAGGAGAAAUUGGGUUACAGGGAAGAGAGCAUGGCUGCCGAGCGUUACCCUGUGGCAUCAAGACUCCCCAGCCAUGAAUUGGAGCGACUGCGUAAGCACCUGAGGGUAGCCCAGGAGCAUCUAGAAAUGGCUUUCCAACUGCAGCCGGAGGGUAUCGCCAGCCCUUUGCGAAGUAGCAGCCCAGAAUCGAAUGGAUUGGCUGCGGAGCAGAAUCGCUUCAACUUGGCCCACGAGAAGGAAGGGGUAGCUUGUGAACGACCUAGUGGUCUCUGAAGCAUUGGACAACUGCUUGUCCCACAGUUGACAAGAAGAAGUGGAGAGAACUGAAAGCAUGUACAUAAGUGCACAUAAAAUAAGCCUGAUGUUUGGAAGUACCCUGAUGGAAGAGUCGGGGGAUGAGAAUAUGCUUCGAUCCUGUUUCUAUGGAAAGAAAGCAACAAGGCGAUGCAUAUGAAUCACCACUUCCCAGAUCUGGCUGGGCGGGGCAGCUGUAAUGAUUACUUUCAUAAGUCUUUAUAUGUGUGUCUUUUUAUGGGGUCUAAAAGGGAAACUUUUUUUUUUUUUUACUUUUAUACAUGUUGUACAGGUACUGCUGUUCUACCAAGGGGGCAUUUUGUCUUUUUUUUUUUUUUUUCCACCUCUUUCCAACGGUACUGGAUUAUUAGCUACAUAGCAAUUGCCUCUCCCUCUUUAUACUUUGUGUUAUUUCAGCUCACUGUACAUAAGCGGAUAUCUCCAACUUCCCAGGAUUUUGCACAGGAUUCAUCUGCGCACGUGGACUCCCUAAUUUUUGGUUUCCUCUUCCUUGACCACCAGAUAAUGGAAGAGAUUGGUGGUUGGGCCAAAGAUAAUUCUGCUGCAUUCCAAGAUGCUGACUUAUGAGCCGCGUCUGCCUUCCUUGCCCUCUGUGGGGGGCUGUGCUCUGUUCCUCCUGAAUGGCAGGGGGACCCAAGUCACGUUUUGAGUCAUCUCAGAGACAGACAUGUUUUUUUUAAAUGUUUUUUUAAAUGUUUUUUAAAUAUAAUUUACCGGAACGGUUCUGAAUUUUUGUUCUUUUAUAUGGAUGUAUAAUAUAUACAGUUUAUAUAUAUAUAUAUAUAUAUUUGGUAAAAAGAAAGAUUUUUUUAUAGCAAUCUUGAUGUCUUGACUCUAUUUGUAGGGGAAAAAAGUAAUUAGUAAGAAGGUUUGCAUAGUUUUAUGGAUGAUUAGGAUGUCUUGGUUGUACUCUAAAAUCUCAAUGAGAAUUGCGAAAAAGAUGUGGAUCCCAGCAAGUCAAUAAAUAAUGUAAGCCAGGAGAAGGCAUUGUGUAUUUGCAGCUGAGUUAAAUCCUUAAAAUAUUUGGGACUUUCCAACACCACAGGACCGAUGCAUAUAUAUUGUUGGAGGGUUAAUAAUUUGGCUUAAUUUCCAGAAAAGAAAGUAGAUAGGUUGUAACACAUCAAAGCUUAAUGCACCAAUUUAUCUUAUUAUCUUUAUUUUUUUAUAAAAAAGUCAUGAAGUGUGCUAUGAAUUUUUGAGUAGGUUUAUUAAGAUGGAGGGUUUAAUUAAGAUGGAGCUGGGAUGUUUUAAGAAGUGCCUUAUCCUGGGUCAAAGUUUUGGCUAAUUUAACAAUCAUUUCUCAAGGAGUGUUUUGCCAAAAACUGAGAGGAGGCAAAAUUCAGUCACCUUAUUGCCAGGCAACGGUAUAAGAAUAUAAGCAGUGUCCUGUCAGAUAGGACCUUUGCCCCGCCUUCAGCAGUCUCCUCACAGUGGUCAAUCAACUGCUCAAGAAAUCCCAUAAGUCUCUCAGCAGGUGGCCUUAAGGGCAAUAAAGCGGUAAUCAAAGCAAAUAGCCAUUAAUCUCCCUGACUUUCAUGUACUGGUCCAACUGUUUUCUGAAACCAGCCAAGUUAGUAGCCAGCACACAUCUUGUGAUAGCAAAUCUUAAAAUAUUGAAUUAUGUGUACUAUUAAAAAAAAUCCUUUUGCUGGUCCUGA